AUGCGCCCUGACCUGGCGAAUAAGAAAAAGGUCAGUUCGAUACUUUCCGAUAUCCUACUUGCCACUAAUAUUCUCCAGCAACAACAGCAGCAGCAGCAAGCUGCAGCACAGGGAUUCGCCACGACCGAUGCGAACGGUUUCGAUACUACUGCUGCCGCACGACGAGCCUCCCACAACAAAGCGAACGGCCACGAUGGAGAUUCUCCCAUCUCCCGCACUGGCACCCCCUCGAUGUAUGCGCAUCACAACAUAUCCUCCUUCAUGGUUGAAGACCCAUACCAGAGUAGUUUUGUCGCAACUGGAGAAGGCCGUGCGACAUCGCCUAUGAACGGAGACCGCAAGAUGGAUGCGCCUCAAUCUCAGGAGCAACUCAUCGCGCAAAAUUCAAGCCUUAAGACACGGGUCAGCGAGCUUGAAGUAAUCAUAGAGCUUUUCCGAGGUCGUCUUGCCCAGUUGGAGCAACAAGAAGCCACUGCUAGAAACAGUCAACAAGUUGCGAGUGCCGAGCAAAACCAAUUGCGCUCCGAGCUUGACGCGACAAGAGAGAGUGAGGCUCAGCUACGUACACAACUUGAAGACAGCCACCGACGUGAGAACAGCUUGAAGCGACGCUUGGAUGAGCUUGAGCUUGAGUUUCAAGCGGUUCACCCGAUCGGCUCAGACCCUGAUGAGCGACCUGCCAAGAGACCUCGUACUGUCGAUGAACCCUACAAGACUCAAUCAGAAACAGACAUUGAGGCCGCUGCCGAGGCACUCAUCGCUUCUGAAGCAUCUAGACCCAACGAGACGGCCGAAACUGCCCGUUAUGAGGCUACUGAAACACCCGAAGUAUCACAGCCCUCGGAAGAGACUAAGGAAACCUACCCUUCCCCAGAGACAGAGGAUGUUCCUAUCGACCCUGACAUGCCAAUGAUGGACGACACCCCUCAAUCUGGAGAGAAAGUAAAGCCUGAUGAUGCCAGUGUCCUUGACCCCCCUGCCGCCACUGAUGCAUCUUCCGAGGCCGUUGAAGGUGCACAAGGUACUGCGUCUGAAACUGCGACUGCGUGA